CGAAACUCCCGCCUGCAGCGAGCUCUGAAUCCUUUAACAGACUAGAAGGAGAAGGAGAGCUCGGGAAACUAUGGCUGAAGGGGGAGCGGAAACAGAAGCAGAAGUGAGGGAUAGAGUGCAGGAGCUAGUAGAGAAGCUUUUUCAUUUUCGGGACCACUAUUUUGAAACCCACAGUGUGGAAGAUGCUAUUCGGAAACAGUUUGAUGUGAAGGAAGAAAUGAAGCGGACCAUUGCCUUGAUGGAUGAGACUGAUGAUGCCUGGAAGAACAAGGCCUUCUUCCUAAUGCUGAAGGGGAAGGCUCUGAAUGUCACACCCAGCUAUUGCCUGGAAGCUGAGGAAAUGCUUUCAAAGGCAGUUAAAUUGGACCCGGGGCUGGUAGAAGCUUGGAAUCAGCUUGGAGAAGUAUACUGGAAGAAAAUGGAUGUGACUGCUGCAAAGACUUGCUUCUUGGGUGCUCUGAAUCAUUGUAAGAACAAAGUCUCACUGCGAAACCUCUCAAUGGUGAUGCGGCAACAGCGCGCACAAGAUGCGGAUGAAAAUUCUCAAAAUAUCAUGGACAGUGUAAAGCAAGCCAAGCAAGCAGUUCAAAUGGAUACAAGAGAUGGCACUUCCUGGUAUAUCCUUGGCAAUGCCUAUCUCUCUCUGUUCUUCUGCACUGGCCAAAAUCCCAAAAUUUCUCAGCAGGCUCUAAAUGCGUAUGUACAGGCGGAGAGAGUGGACAAGACUGCCUCCAGUAAUCCAGAUUUGCACCUCAACCGAGCAACGUUGUGCAAGUAUGAGGAGAACUAUCAAGGAGCACUCGAUGGGUUUUCUCGAGCUGCAGCUCUGGAGCCAUCUUGGACUGAACCUGUUAUGAGGGAAGAACAAUUACUUGAUUACCUGGGCAGGUUGUGUGGUCUUCUCAGCAAUAAGGGAAAGAUCCGUGGUAAACGACUUCAGAACAUGCUGAGUAGCUUAAGUCCUGGGCUUUUGGGUCAUUAUGGAAGUUCUGGUGGAUUACAGUUAAAGCCCUUAAGUGCUCUGCAGCCAGGAAAAAACCCUGGCUGUGUGGUGCUUGGGAGGGUUGUUUUCAGCCUGGUGCCUGAGGAGCGAGUACCAUUCACAUUUGGACUUGUUGAUACAGAGGGAACUUGUUAUGCUAUAAUGGUUUACAAUAUGGUGGAAAGCUGGGGAGUUCUCAUUGCAGACUCUGUUACCAUCCCUGAACCGCACUUGAAACAACACACUAUUCAACACAAAGGCCAGACCUCUGCCUUUGAAAGUAUACGCGUGGACUCUCCUGUACGGUUGUUGGUGAAUGGUAAGCCUCAGGGACCAAGCACUCAGGCCAGCGCAACAGUGGCUUACAGACCCCAGAGCGAAUAAUUGCAGAACAGCCGGAUCUAUCCUCAAAGCUGUGAAUUGGGGACUUACAAGCAGAAGCAUCAACUGCUAUGUCCCUCACAUUCUGUGGUGAAGGAUAAACUCUCUUGCAGGGUUAUAACACAGAAAACACUUACAAGCUGCACUUAUCUGGUACAGUACAGUUGUUGCAAGCCUUUAAUGGCAGGAAGAGACUAUUUAGAAUGGCUUCCUGUAACAAGUGCCCACAUUCCUUAUCCUCCCUGUUGCUGUCUAUUUUGUUUUACCAGCUGUAGUUGUAUUUAUGAUCCAGAAUUGUGAUUAUUUAUUUUGCCAAUACGUUUUGUUGCUUUAUAUUUAGAGGAAGAUUAAUAUUAUUUUUUUCUAUUAAAAAAAAUAAAUUUACAAUUUAC